CCGGACCUCGACAAGAGCAACAGAACCAACCUUUCUUGCACCAUACUAUAGAGAUCUCUAAACCAUCGUCUUCAACAGUCUUCAUCUGACCGUUCCUGUAUUGAUUUUCUUUAAAAAUGAAAGGCACCAUACUCGUAACCGUGGUGGUCCUUGGUUUGGUGAUCGCUCACGUGACUGCGGCCAACUUGGAACAUCUCUUCGAUGAUGAAGGGGACCUUCAAAUGUAUCUGGAUGAAGAGGCCGUAGAUGACGUCCUGGCUGCUAGCUGGUUCUCACAUGCGAUCCACAAUGCCGGUUCCUGGACUAAGAAGGCGGUCCACGAUGCCGGGGAUUGGACCAAGAAAGCCGCACAUGAUGUCGCGGGUGCUGUAAAGAAGGGGUGCGGUGUGGUCAACUCGCUGCCUUUUAAGGAGCUGGUUAUGCGUAGGAAUGAGGCUCUCCGCAAACGUGGGAUCAGUGAAGACCAGCUUGCCGCUGCAUUAGAAGGCUACAAGGGCCUCAAGCAAGUCUGCCACGUUGUGGGUUAAAUAUCAAAAGAGGACAAGGACGAUUGAAAGGAAACACACGGAGCCCGCUUUCCUCAUGUAAAUUCAUCAACAUUUUGUCUGUUUAUCAUUUCCUCAUACUCAGACACUUUAAUUAAGCCUAUGAUGUCUGGUCGCAGUUGAUUUACCGAUUAGCAAAAUCACUGCAGUUCUUAAUUUUUGUUUUCCACUUCAAAAUGAAAUGUAUUUAAAAUCCAAUAACGGAAAGGGAUAAAUAUGAAUGAUUGACGUUUUGAUGAUCAUCGUAAGUAUACAAAUUUAAGAACCCACCGAUUCUUCCCCUCCGAAUGCAGCUUGAAAAAAGUAUGAUGACUAAGAAACUCCCGUACUAAUUUCACGAAACUUCAAA